CCACUCUCUCCGUCUCUCUCUUUCUCUCCCUUUCUCCUCCGUUUUAAUGGUUUGGCAGAGAUAAUGUGAGAAUUACAGCUAAUCUGUGUUUAUUCCCAUGAGACAAUCACAUUGUGUGCCUGUUCAUUAUUCACUGUGCCACAACAUGCAGACAUUUGAGUCCAGCUCAAUUACACCAGAUAGUCAUUUAGAGACAUCAUUAUUCUACACAACAGCAUAUAUAUGCACGUAACUGAAAGAACAAAGCAAAAAUGCAUUUCUCAUUUUCAAAAGGGUUUAUAACUCUGAUGAUAAUUAAUUGGCUGCAUGCUUUUGAAGUGUGUAAAUUAGUGCGCUGCUGUCUCUUUAAGAGGCAGGACUGUGCGCUACACCUCCACUCCCUCUCUCAUUCUGUAGAUGAUGUCACUGUGGCUUCCCUUAGACCUUGGACAAAUGAUGUGGGUCUCUCUUUGGCGUUCCUCCUCUUUCCCACCCCUCUCUCUCUCCCUCAGUGUCUCCAUCUCGUACUCCACUGCUCUCUUCAUCAACAGAGGGACAGCAGCUGAGGAAACUUGAUAGCACUCCAUCCCCUUCUCUUCUCCUCUUUUCCCUUUUUUUCUUAAUCUCCCUCUCUUCUUCUCUCUAUCCCUCUCUCAUUCUCCAGCAGCGAUGUAGUUCUCUCUCAAACUUUAACAGCUGUUUGGCACUGAUAUCCAUCACGCCUGGACCUCUAUGGAUUCAUUCCCUGCUUCUUUUUGAGAUCUUUCCAGAGUCGCCUCUCUCUUCGUUUGUCUUCUGUUUACUUCGGUGUGUUUGGACCAUGGCCAUGAAGGAAACCAUACUCCCUAUCAGCGAGGUGUCGAGUCCGUACCCGGAGGUCGUGGAACUCAACGUCGGAGGCCAGGUGUACGUCACCAAGCGCUCCACCCUGGUCAGCGUACCUGACACCACCCUCCACACCAUGUUCACCCGCUGCAGCCCGCACGAGCUGCCCCGGGACAGCCGAGGGCGCUUCUUCAUCGACCGCGACGGGUUCUUAUUCCGAUACGUGUUGGACUUCCUACGGGAUCGGCAGCUCGUUCUACCAGAACACUUUCCGGAGCGGGAACGUCUUCAGCGAGAGGCCGAGCACUUUCAAUUGGGAGAACUGCUUAGACUUUUAGGCCCACGUGUAGCCAAGCAAGGCUCGCUCAAUGAUGAAGGCUGCCAGAGCGACAUCGAGGAAAGUUCGCAGAGUAGCGAGUUGGUGACUCGAACUGGGAACUGCGCCGCCAACUAUGCGACUUCCUCUUCCGCCCUGGACAAGAGGUCGGGGUUUAUUACGUUAGGUUAUCGGGGAUCCUACACCAUGGUGAGGGAUAACCAAGCCGACGCCAAGUUUCGCCGUGUUGCACGGAUCAUGGUCUGCGGGCGUAUCGCCCUGGCGAAGGAAGUGUUCGGAGACACUCUAAAUGAAAGUCGAGAUCCCGACCGUCCACCAGAGAAAUACACCUCCCGCUUCUACCUGAAGUUCACCUACCUGGAGCAAGCCUUCGACAGGUUGAGCGAGGCUGGAUUCCAGAUGGUGGCCUGCAACUCAACUGGGACGGCUGCGUUCGUUAACCAGUACAGAGACGACAAGAUCUGGAGCAGCUACACGGAGUACAUCUUCUUCAGACCUGCCUGCAAGUCAGCAUCCCCGAAACUGGAGCGUGAGGAGCCCAAGUCUGAGAAACUGCUGGAUAAGGCCAGCGAGAGCGGAGCCUCAUUGAACGAGCUCUCCACAUCCAGCUCCGAGACCCACUCAGAGGCCACGACCCCCCAGGACGGGGGUCCCAUCCUGGUGUCACGUGGUGAGGUUGUGGGGGGCUCACUGGCCCCAUGCGGCGCCCUGCACUCUGUUUCUCGACCUCCAAGCACUCUUACUCUGGGCCGACCACCCAAAAAAGGUUCCUCGGUGCAGUGGAUGGAGCUGCCGGAUAAGAGGCGGAACAGCGAGCUGUUUCAGUCCCUCACCAGCGGGGUUGGUCCACGGGAAGGUGGGGGAAGCGGUCUGACCCGGAGGAAGACUCUGGAGAGACCCAGCGCGGAGGAGGAAAUGAAACAGUGUAUCCGAGAUUUCCGAAAGAUCAAGAUCCCUCCGGCAUUCCCAGAGCGCAAACGGCAGUGGCAGUCAGAACUGCUUCAGAAAUACGGCCUUUAAAGGAAACUCAGGAUAGGCGACUGGUUUGAACUAUCCAACCAAUUCACAAUCUCGCACAGUAGAUUGACUUCAAUAGAUGGACUAGAUUGGCCUCCAAAGGCCUUGAUUCACACUGAGAAACCAAACAACUGAGUAUCGGAAAUGAGAAAGAUGGAAAUUGAGGCAACGAAAUGUGUUCCACUUUGCUCCAUCUUUGUUCAGAUCGACAGCACCAUCUCAUAUCUUUGAACUAGACUUUAAAACCUACCAAAAAUGGUGAUGGAGCACAUUUCGAUGAAAAGCCAUUCCAUCUAAAUAAACCUUUCCAUUGUCCAGAAGGUCUGCAAACAGGGCUCGUGUUAUAUCAAUAUAAACUAUUGAACUGACAGAGGGCAUCUUUGGUGAUGUAGCCAAAGCUGGAGAAGUAGUAAAUCCUUGUUGUGUCCAAAAGAGAGGUGUCACUGUGCAUUAACUAGUUGUUCAGUUUGGUUCUAUAAGAAUGAAGCAGUCUCCACCUACCUUUGUUUCGGAGAUGAAUUUAGUUGUAGAUGAAAUGGUCUGUCUUUUGUAUACAUAUAUUAGGGCUACCAAACUAUUUAAAAUGUUAAUCAGUUACCAUAUGCUGAUUAAUUCAUCAAAUUGCAAUUAAUCACAUAUAUAUCAGCAUUUGUUAAAAAAGCCACCAUUUUGCAGUCAAGUCUAUCAGGCUGUUCACAUUGGACACUUGGCUUUCACGUGUGCCAUUUAUUAAUUUUUUGGUUUAUCCACACAAGUUUCAGACGGGUGUCAUUGGAUGUUGCAUCAUUUCUUAUUGUCUCAUAUCUGUUUUUUUAUCAUGUGUCACAUUCAGAACUGUUUUAUGUGUCUUGAGGCACUUUCAUUCAGUUGCACUCUGUCUUGAACACAAAAAAAUCAUCCUGUGUGAGAGACUCUUUAGUCGUUCUAUGCUGCUUGCUCUUGGGUGAGUGUGGUGAUUAAAUGUGUUCUUUUUUAUGUUAAUUGGGGAAUAGUUUAUCCAAAAAUAUGAAAAUUCUGUCAUUAAUUACUCACCCUCAUGUCGUUCUAAACACGUAAGACUUUCGUUCAUCUUCAGAACACACAUGAAGAUAUUUUUGAUGAUAUCCUUGAGCUUUCUGACCCUGAACGAGAAUACUUUUUUUUAAAGAAAACAAAUAAAUAUAGCUGUACCCAACUAAAUCAGUUAAAUCAAUUAAAAUGUGUAUCAUUUUGGCAAAUCUAGGUCAUUUACCAUAGAAAUACAGUGUUUUUGAGUCCUUUUUAACUGUUAUAGCACCAGCUGUGGUCCAGUCUCCGUAAAACAUUGCAUGCAUGUUUAGAAUCACCUGUCACAUGUGCUCACCAGGUUUGUGAAGUGUUAAGUUUUCCUUUAGGCUUUAGGAUUUGUGGUAAAUUUGGACAGGUCCCUUUUCUAAACGACUCCGUUAUAGCCUUCCAAAGGGUAAACUUCAACACUUUUUUAUGAUUAUUGACCUAGAGAGUCCAGAGAAUUGCACUGCAGUGUUUUUUUUUUUUCAGAUUGAGCAAAAAAUCUAGGACUAGUUCGGAAAAGUAGGUUUUUGACAUCUAAAUCAUUUAACAAACAAUCUGAUUGACAGCAGUGGUUCUAGAGGCAAAGUUGUCUGGAAUGAGGAAUUCUAUCAUAUGAUAGGAAUAUUGCACAACGUACAAUUGUUUACGCUCUUGAAAAAUUUUAUACCGCCCCCCAGUGGCCAAUUUCUUCCCACCGAGUUUUGUUCCAAUUGGCCUCCGUUAACCUUGUCUGACAGGUGCUUAAAAUUCAUUGGCCAGUGGCGACCAUGUUUUUUGAGAUACGCAAAUGUCCUUAUAGACACUUUCGAUACUUUGGACCAAGACUGUGUGCAUCGACUUUCCCCUCUAAUAGCGCCACCAAGUGGCCAAGCUCUGCUAUUUUUUUCCCUGUGACCUUAGAUUGAGCUCUUACAUAAGUGUUCUGAGUUUGGCGGAGAUAUUCCAUUCAGGAGUUAUAGGCAUUUUACUAAAAGCGGCCCCACCCCUUUCAGAUGUUUUGGCAUCCCUUUGCGACAGUUAAAGUUAAACUUUUUUUGAUAAUUAUUGAUAUUCACUCUCCAGAGAAUCUUUCUGCACUGGGUUGGUUCCAAUCGGGGAAAAAACCUAGGACUAGUUCACAGAAGUAGUUUUUUCGAAAACUGCGAAAUCCCCCCAAAUUUUGAAAGGCUUACCAUCGAAUCUGAUGCAUGUGUUUUGUCCGCCAUUAGCCAAUGAUUCCAACGACAUAAGACAGUUGAGCCUGUGACUGAUGGUUUAGGAGCUAUGAGCGAUUUCAUACUUUUGUUCGCUGUAGCUCCCCUGUCAGGCCGAUUGGGGCAAGCCUUGGUCACGUUGUAGGCGGUGUGAGCACUACCAUCCCUCGAAGUUUCAAAUCUCUACGUCUUACAGUUUGGUCUGCAUGAUCAGUCUUACGUGGAGAUCGCUGUUCAGUGACCAUUCUAACAAAUACAACACAGCGCUACUCACUUAAACCUAGUUUAAUAUAAUAGAUAAUAAUAAAUAAUAAAGUCGUUAUUUUGUUUUCUUUAAAAAAAGUAUUCUCGUCCAGGGUCAGAAAGCUCUCGGAUUUCAUCAAAAAUAUCUCCAUUUGUGUUGCAAAGAUGAACAAAGGUCUUACGGGUUUGGAACGACAUAAGGGUGAGUAAUUAAUGACAGAUUUUUCUUUUUUACGUGAACUAUCCCUUUAAAUUAAUAUAAUUCUAUACAAUAUAAAUAUAUUCAAAUAUAAAAAUAUAGCUGUAUAUUUGCAGAGAAUCAUCAAGCUAGAAUAUACACAAUCUUAAAUACUAAAUUGAUUUUAAGAGGUUAUUGGAAUUUUAUAUUAGCAAUGUAUAAUGUGCACAGAAAUAUAAUAUAAUGGAUUCAUUAUCUUCUCAUUCCAUCCCUUUAAUUGACCUAAUUGUUGCAUUUACAGACCAAUUUCGGUGUUUGCACCGAACAGUGAUGAUGUUUUUUUGAGCGGAUCCUAUCUGGUGGCAGAAAAUGACAGUUUUCAAGUAGCAGUCUAUGGAAGCCAUGGAAUAAAAGAAUAAAAAAAGGUAAAAUUGAGUUUAUUUUUUAAAAUUCUGACUUUAUUCUCACAAUUCUGAGAUUAUAUUUCACAGUUCUUAUAAGAAAAUUCAACUAAGUAUUCUCUCUUUUACCCUCAUAAUCAUGAGUUUAUAUUACUUCUGGCUUUUUUCCUCAGAAUUAACAAACUUGCAAUUGUUGAGUUAAAUCGAGUUAUAAAGUCCAAACUAGGAGAUAUAAACUUGCAUUCGUGAGAAAAAUGCUCAGAAUUCAGUAAUCACAGCAGGUUUUAUCCAUAAUCUGUCCGUUUAAACAUCUGCGUUUAGUUUUAAAUGGCGUCUUUGUUGACAGUGUUCUAUUAAAAUGAUUUGCAUUCUGAUUCUGACGUGCAAAGGCACAACAAUGUAUUGUUUCUCUUAUUCCAUUAAUUUUACCCAUUUCCCUCCACUCGUUACCAAUGUUUUUCUGCUAUCACAAUGCACGCACAGCUGCAGGUGACAUAACUGUGACGUCUACUCCAAAUUGGUUUAUACGAGGGAUUACUAUGAACAUCAUCUCCGCACUGGUUCUUCUCUAUGUGAGGUUUCUCUGACUGAUGCCCUGCUAUGAGGUUUAUGCCAUUCGUUUUCUAAAUGUUUGUGUUUGUUUGUUUGCGUGUGCUUCUGUCUUAUGUUUGAAUGACAAAAAAGAAGAAAAACAAGAAGUGUGUUGCUACAAAUGAUUUAUAUUAAGCCUAUUGUUGGUUCCGGUGCUGAAUUAUGGAGCAGACCAGAAGCUGACCUGCUCGGUUGGUUCCCUUACCGUUUUUUAAAACAAUAAUGUGAAAUCAUCUAUUCAAUUGAUCCUCUUGACAUAUAUUCAUCUAAGUUUGAGCCUAGCGGGAUUUAUUUUUAAAUAAAAAUAGCCAUGGCGUUGAGCCAGUAGCUUAAUCCACGUGCUGAAAAUGGUUCCAAGAUAUUGUUUAUGGUGGAGAGUCAUUCCAGACUCGGGGAAUGAUCUUUCCAUCUGCCGUAGGCUGCGUAUCAAAUGUCAGUGAGCAUUCACGGUGCAUUUCCAUCUCCAUAAAGACUUGUAUUUGAGAGAUAUUAGAUGAUUGCCCUCUAGAUGUGUACGGUGUUCUGCGCACGUUUAAAGCACAAAAUUCUGUAAAUGCCGGUUUGAGACAUGAUAUGGUCUCAAUCCAGGACACAGGUUGGAAAAGCACAAGGCACAGUUGACUCUGUUAUCCUAGAAUUAUAAUGCUCAAUGGGUUUAAAUCAGGACUUAGUGUUAGUCUACUGUGAAACCUGAAAUGCUCCAAAAUUUGUGAAGACAUUAGUUGUUAUAUCUGUUAAUUUGCCUCAGUGUCCUGUAAUAAAAGUGUCAUGUUAUGA